ACAGCCACCUCUCACACAUUCUAAUUCAAUCUUUCUCCCAAUUUCCAAAUCCACGACCCCAUAAAAAUUUGCAACUUCCCAAAUAGGGCCAAAAAAAAAACAAUUGAGAAGCUAGCCUUCCCUUCCUCAUCUGAAAAACCAACACCCACCACUUGCAGCUUCACAGGAGAAAAAGUCCAGCAAUAGCAAAGUUGCAAUUAACAAAAAAGCAAAAGAGAAAAAAGUGGAGAAGACUUGAGAUUCAGAGGCCUUUGUGUUUGAAGGCCACACACAAAUCCCCAAUUUAACACAACACAGAGAGUAAAAAAGAGUCUCCUCAAUUUCUCAUCAUCCCAAAUUCACCUAAAUCUUCAUAAAGCUCCAAACUUUGAGCUCCAAAUCUAAUUUCACUUCCUACCCAACUCAUCUUUCUUCUCCAAUCGACUACAGUUCGAUCCUUUUCGCCAAUCUGAAACCACCCAAUUGAGAUUCGAUCACAAUCCAAUCGACUAAAGGAUCAACGACAUGUCGUGUUCGUCUUCAUCGGGGUCGGAGGACGAUGAGGGCAUCGACUCUUACAGAAAAGGAGGGUACCACGCCGUCAGGAUCGGCGAUCAGUUCGCCGGCGGUCGAUAUGUUGCUCAGAGAAAACUGGGUUGGGGUCAAUUCUCCACCGUCUGGCUUGCUUAUGACACCACCAACUCUAUGUACGUUGCUCUUAAGAUACAAAAAAGUGCAGCUCAAUUUGCUCAAGCUGCUCUCCACGAGAUUCAAAUUCUUACAGCUAUUGCCGAAGGUGACUCCUCGAAUUCAAAGUGUGUUGUACGGCUGAUCGACCAUUUUAAGCACGCAGGGCCAAAUGGGCAGCAUUUAUGCAUGGUCCUUGAGUUUCUUGGUGAUAGCUUACUUCGGCUGAUCAAGUAUAACCGCUAUAAAGGUCUGAAGUUGGAUAAAGUUAGGGAGAUCUGCAAAUGUAUAUUGAUGGGUCUGGAUUAUUUGCAUAGAGAACUUGGUAUAAUCCACACCGACUUGAAACCAGAAAAUAUUCUUCUUUUUAACACCAUUGAUCCUGCCAAAGAUCCCAUUAGGUCUAAAUUCACCCCAAUUCUUGAAAAGCCUGAAGGAAACCUGAAUGGUGGAGUAACCAUGAGCCUUAUAGAGAAAAAACUUAAAAGGAGGGCAAGGAGGGCAGUUGCUAAGAUUUCCUUGAGAAGGGAAUCUAUGGGAGGAGCUGAAGCUCCCAAGUCUGAAAGAAAUUUGGAUGGUGUUGACGUUAGGUGCAAAGUUGUGGAUUUUGGGAAUGCAUGUUGGGCUGGCAAGCAGCUUGCAGAAGAGAUUCAAACGAGGCAGUAUAGAGCUCCUGAGGUUAUUCUCCGAUCUGGUUAUACGUACUCAGUGGAUAUGUGGUCAUUCGCUUGCACAGCCUUUGAGCUUGCGACAGGUGACAUGUUAUUUGCUCCGAAGAUGGGACAAGGCUUUAGUGAGGAUGAGGAUCACCUUGCUUUGAUGAUGGAGCUCCUUGGAAAGAUGCCUCGAAAGAUAGCAGUUGGAGGAGCUCGUUCCAAGGAUUUCUUCGACAGACAUGGUGAUCUAAAGAGAAUCCGGAGGCUGAAAUUUUGGCCACUUAAUAAAAUACUGGUUGAUAGAUACCACUUUUCCGAGACUGAUGCUCGGGAGUUUGCAGAGUUCCUCUGUCCCAUUUUCGACUUUGCACCAGAGAAGCGGCCAACUGCGCAGCAGUGCCUUCAACAUCCGUGGCUUGAGGGCAUUACCACGACUCAGGGUGAGGUGGAUAACAUAUCAAAUGUAGAAAAGGUAAAUGUUGGUAUGAGCAACCUUCAGAUCAAGGUUGGCAAGUGAAGAAGGGAAGGAAGGAAGGAAAGGAAUUUACCUCUACCACCACUGUUUUGACGCCGCCACUGCCACUACCCCCUCUUGACCAUGUUUUUGUGAUUGAAAUUUUGUUUGUACGAUUCUAAUAAGAUUCUUCAUUAUUUUUUUAUUAACUAUAACUAUAAGUGAUGUAAAUUAGUAAUGAGCUUUAUGAGCAAGAUGGCGUCAUAAUUCAGAUAGAGAAUUUGACUGUCAUAAAAUGGAUAUGCCCUGGUGGCUCUGUAAACUAUAGCUGACCGGAACAGUACCCCCUCUCUGUGUUAUCAACAAUUUUUACACAGAU